AAGCUAUUGUAACAGUGUGUCCGCGGCAGCCAUUACAGUUGGACGUUUAUUCCUCGGAGACAUUAAUUUCGCGCGCGAUUCGAAAUUUAAAUAAAAUUUGUUUAUUUUUUUUAUUAUAAAGAAUAUAAACUUCGAACUGCCAGUGUUAUUCCUAUGAACAAUGGGCAGAUGAUUUAUUUUAUUUAAAAGACGUGUUUAAGUAAUAUUUUAAUUGUUUUUUCGUGUAUCGAUUUGAAAGGCUUAACUAGUACUUAACUUUGGUUUCUUUGGCUGUGUUAGUUAUAAGUGAUGACAAACGUUAUCAUGGCUAAUAGACUUUACCUGUUACUAUUGUUGGGGGCUUCGUUGAGUAUGGCAAUAGGGUACUGGGGCCCAGACCUUCCCCCAGGUCCCUACUGCGGGAGAGGUUCCCCACAAUGUUGCCAAGAUAGGCAGGACAGCUGUUCACAUGAAAUACUCUCGACCCUAUGCUAUUGCGAUCAAUUCUGCAACCGGUCGAGGGUCCACGAUGACUGCUGUCCUGAUUAUGAAGAAGUCUGCUUGGGGAUAUCACCACCACCGAAUGUAUUGGAGGGCUGCAAGUAUAAGAACAAAUUGCAUAUACCUGGAGAUAAGGUGCUGCAAGGCUGUAAUGAGUGCGAGUGUGUGGUAGACUCCAACAAUCCUAAUCAAGCCAUAUGGAGUUGUGAACAGGAGUUGUGCCUGAUAUCUGACGAUGUGAUCUCCAACGUCAACUACGGCAGCGAAUCUUGGAGAGCCAGCAACUACAGUGAAUUCUCUGGCAAGAAGUUAAAGGACGGCAUCAAGUACAAAUUAGGUACAUUCCCGUUAACCGCGGAGACUAAACGCAUGGGCGCCAUCAGAUACGACAAGAACAUAGCUUACCCAAGAGACUUUGACUCCAGGUCAUACUGGCCAGGGUACAUCUCGCCUGUCAUCGACCAGGGCUGGUGUGGAUCCGAUUGGGCAGUCACCAUCGCUACAGUUGUUUCCGACAGAUUCGCAAUCCAAUCAAAUGGUAUAGAGAAGUUGGUGCUGAGUCCUCAGACACUGCUGUCAUGCAACAGACGGUACCAACGAGGAUGCGAUGGUGGCCACAUCGAUGUAGCUUGGAACUACGUCAGGGAAGAUGGAUUACUAGACGACAAUUGCUUCCCGUACGUGGCUAAAGUGACGAACUGUCCAGUUAAACCGAAGAGCGACUAUCUACCAACCAUGUGCACACCUGACAUCCCUGAAAGAACCACCAGAUACAAGGUUGGACCACCCGGCAAGCUGAAGAAGGAGGAAGACAUCAUGUACGAUAUUAUGGAGUCCGGACCAGUGCAUGCUAUAAUGACGGUGUAUCAAGAUUUCUUCCACUACCGCGAUGGAGUCUACCGCCACACGAGAUUUGGUGACAAUACUCUACAAGGUCUGCACAGCGUAAGGAUAAUUGGAUGGGGUGAAAACAGAGGAGAAAAAUAUUGGGUUGUAGCCAACAGCUGGGGCGAGCAAUGGGGUAUUAACGGCUAUUUCCAUAUCGCCCGCGGUGAGAACGAGUCCGGCAUCGAGUCAUUCGUCGUCACCGUCCUCAGUGACGUCAUCAACGCGAAGAAAUAACAACCGAGGACACACCUCAUCACGCCGCUGUGUGUGGUGACGAGAGUGGUGAGAACCAGAAAGGGAUAUGUUUUGUUGAAUAGCACAAGGAAUUUUGCUUGCCCAUUUUAGAAAUCUUUCGCAGUAAUGUUUCUAUUGAAGUUUGAACGUAUGCGUAGAGCCUUAUUUCGAUUAUUUCGUGAAACGAAAACAGUUAAUUGAUUCUUUAAGAGAAUGCUGAUAUAUAUAGUAAUGUUGCUAAUGUUAAUAUACAUUCAUUAUGUAGAGACGAAGACAAAAAAACAC